UUACCAGCCAUAAUCACCCCCCCACUCACCUCCAUCUCUAAUCAUGUGUAUAAUGCCAGAAUUGAAUCAAAACCCACCACAAAUAUCUAAUUCCCUGGGUUUUUCCCUGAGGGCUCCAUCCCCAGCACCCACAUUGCUUCUGAUAAUGUGGCUCCAGAAUGAGCUUUUUACUUGAUAGAUGGUGCAGAGGACUCCUGCCACCCAGUCUGCAUUGUGUAAUCAGCUGGUGCUGCAAAAUGAAUGGCUCCCACUUCUUAACCAGUGGAUUUCUUGUUUAAAAAAAAAAAAGAAAAAAAAAAGCUGGCUGAUGUUAGUAUGAAGGUGAAAGUGCUGUUAAGAGGUGGAAGCCCUAUGACUGAUUUGCAGCUGAUAGUGUUAUUAUACUGACUUGGAGAAAGCCCAUAGCCCCAGAUGCAGGGGCCCCGCCUGUACGUGCUGCACUGGACUGUAGCCUACAGACUCACUUUGCCAUAAGAGUUUGACAGUCAACCUCAGUUGGCUUGUAAGCACAAACAGCUUAGGCCUAAGCUACGUGAGCCCCAAGGGCAAAAAAAAAGAUUUGUGUUUCAUUUUCCUGACUCAAUAAGGGGAAAUACUGGUGCCUACAACAUGUUUAGUUUAGUUCCUCAGACGUGCCUGGCCCAGACGGAGUAAAAGCAUGAUUCUUAGUUUGAGAAGAAGAUCCAGAUUUGGUUUAUUCUUGUGGCCAGUGUAUGUGUUUUCUUUUCCUUUCUUGCUGUGGCUGAUGUUCACUUUAAUCAAGACUCCCAAACUGAGUGUAAAUGUACGAAUCUGUAUGCAUCAGUGUGAUUUUUACCUUAAUUUGUGGGAAAACUCUGGAUUUUCCUCAAUCCAAAGGGUAUCAUCCAGUAAAAUAAUGCUAAAAGGUCAUCUCUGACAGAAGGAAAUUGAAAUCUAUCUACCAGAUCUAUUGUUAAAGAUGCAUUCUUAACUGUUAGCAUCAGCUUUGGUGUAUCAUUUCAUCACAGGCUAAAACAAUUCAGAUCUGAAUCCAACGGCUGAUAAUGCAGGGUUCCACAGUCAUCUCUUGGCAUUUGUGUCUCCCACACCUGAGAAAGUUGUGGAGGAGCGUAAAUAUUUUUUUUAAAUGCUAGAAAAUGUCACGGUAUUCUGAUCAAAAUCAUUUUUUUCCUCCCUACAAGCCGUCACAUGUUAAAUGUCAAGCUGGAGCUGCUGCUGCUGAUCCCUUAAAAGAACUUUUCUAAGAAGGAAAAAAAAAACCUGAAAAAGGCCUAAAUCUUGUUUGCUUGCAGCCAGAAAAAGAAGCAAAAUCUGUAUUAUUGAUGGGUGAAAAAAUGCUACUCAUGUCCUUGUCUGUAACCACAUUUUACAACACUGAGGUCAAGUUUUUGGCAUCAUUGCUGAAAAUUUGGGGAUUUUAGCAACUUUGGGAGGAGUUCAGGUUCUACAAUUGCACCUAAAUUCCACAUGGCGAAGUUUUAAGGCCUGCUGGACUCUUUUUUGGGGACAAUAUUACACUAAAUUGAAGAGAUUUGCAGUAGUUUACUCUACUGGAGAUAGAAAUGUCAAAAAAUGUCAUUUAAAUGUUACAUAAAUAUAUAAUUUGUCAAGAAAAAACAUUCAAAUAAUCAAAUGAAUCAAUAAAAGAACGGUUUUUAGGGAGGAUGGGGUUGGGUUUACUGUUAAUUUGAUCUCAGUAUUUGUAAAAUCCUGGCCACGGCCUUGCACAUGUUAUGCAUUAAUUUAGAAAUUCUCGAAAAUGUGGAGGAACCCUGUCUGGAACAUUUAGAGGAAUAUUUUGACAUUUGGGGGACUCUGCUUUCUGGUUUUCUGCCUGAAUACUUCUAGAAUGUUGAUGCCACUCUCAUGUCUGCGCUUUAAGACACUGAUUUAUCAAAACACUCCUUUAACCCUGUCAGACUCACAAUGGACCCGUUUCUUAGCCCACACGUUCCUCAUUUUUUUGGGCAAAAUCUGGGGCCUACAUUACCCACAAUGCAGUCACUAUCACUGACGGACCAAUCAGAGAGUGCGGUGUGUUAUGCUAGUAGUGGCUAAUGUAGCAGAGAUGAGGAGCAGCUGCAGAGAUCUGGGAUCAGAAGAUGAAAACACUGUGAGAGAUGGACAUGAAUCCACAGAGGAUUAUAAGCUGAAACUGCAACCCUGCUCUGCUUUACGACAUGCAUGGUGAUAAUCUGGUUUCUGAAGAAGCAACGGCUGCUUGUGAAAUCUCUCCUUUGGUGGCUAAAAAUGAAACAUCCAGCAGCUCUGUGAAGCUCAGCUGUGUCACAGUGAGUUCAAGAAAGAGGACGAACACGCAGGACACCAGACGCCAAGGCAGGAUGUACAAACAAAACUAGCUUUAAUAAACUUACUGGAGGAAGAGCAAAGGCUGACAGUCAAGUAUAACCAACUAUAACAAGAAGCAGCUGCUGAGCUGAGGCAGGAAGAAAACCAGCAAAAGUCUGAGAAAGACAAAUCGAAAGGAGACAAGGAAAAUUCAAAAGGAGACAUGCUGGGAAAGAUGCAGAUUUGUGACGGAGGAGGAGUGACUCUCUUGUGAACAGAGCCAGGCACAGGGAGAGCAGCCGUCUGCCUCGACCAGCUGGGGCUCUUCAGAUAUGGUCAAAGUUGGUGAUGUCUGAGCUUCAGCUGACCUACACUAAGCUCCCGCCGUCCCACAGAUCCAGAGUCCAAGAGUCCCAGUGGGUGGAGAAGUUUACGCCUCCCUCCAUCAGAUGCACAUCCUGGAAUUCAUCAGAAGCGUUUCAGCCACAACUCGGGGCCCGAAAUGAUCCGCCGUAUCCAUGCGAGGUUGACCUGCACCCAUGAUUUCCACCUGAGCUAGAGGACGCCACCAGCUCCCCCCUCCCACCUCCCCUCACCCUGCUGGAUUUAACUUUGACAUUCACAUUUUGGAAACUUGUCUCCCAUGAUGCUUUGGCCAUUUGGACUUGUGCUGCUGUUUGUCGUCGCUCCACAAGCUGCCGGAAUUAAAGGGGGCGGCGUUGGGCAGGACUUGGGGUUGAACACGGAGGCUGUUGGUCCUGUGCGCUUGGCGGAGCUGCUGAAGACGUCCACAAACACCAAAGGUUCAGGGCUGGAACUUGAACGGCGUCGAUCCAAGAGGUCGGUUUUCCUGCACUCAGGAGUCAGAAUCUGCCCCCAAGAGACCAUCAAGCAAGUCCUCGCCAGCCACCAGGCUUACUACCAGCUCCGAGUUUGUCAGGAGGCUGUGUGGGAGGCGUUCAGGAUCUUCUUUGACAGGAUCCCUGGGACGGCCGAGUACCAGAGAUGGGUUCACACGUGUCAACACGAGUCGCUCUGUAUCUCAGACAUCGCCAAAAACUUUAGCAGCGCUGAGGAGCACGUGAGCAUGAUUCACAAGAGGAUGAGCAGGCUUAGAGAUGCGAGGCCUCCAUCAAGAGGAGUAGCGCCUCCUGCACCGACACAGAAGCUCCCUGAGAUAGCAGGUCCGGAGGUUCAAACCGUUGCCCCAUCUGCAGCCCCAGCAAUUGUCACCAGCGCUGCCAUCCUCAGCCCCACGAGUGCCUCUACAAGCCCUGCCCUCCAUCUGACUCAGCCUGCUGAGGAGCUCGAAGAGGACUCGGAGCUUCCCAACGUCGUCCCUGAGAAUCCGGUGGAGCAGAUCGUUGAGUUCAGUAUCGACCUGGUGGAUCCGGGUUACAGAGAGCUGCUGGGUGACUCAGACUCCCCUCAGUACAUCGACCUGGCUCACCACCUGCAAGACCAGAUGCUGCAUGUUUUUGACAAACUUCCAGGAUUUAAAGCCAUUCAUGUGCUGGGAAUCAGCAAGACCCAGGACAUUGACGGGCCCGGAGGAAUCUCAGUGCACUACUCUUUGGUCUUUGAGAUUAAUUCCCCUCAAAUCAACUCUGAGAAUUCAGAGAUGGCGACUGGUGCACCCGAGUCCACGGACGACUCUGGACUCAGGGAAAUGGUGACCAAGGCUUUACGUGAGGACGCCUCUCUGCCAAUUGAUCUGGACUCACUUAACUUUGAACCAGAAACAAUCCUCCUGCCAGCACUGACACUGACCUCUUCAGUACAACUAGUGAAUGAGUCUAGUGAGUCCAGUGAGCCUGAUUCACAUAAUGAGUUUGAAGUUCUCACGGAUGAACCAGAAGUCGAUAAACCUCUGCUGGUAGUUCCCUUGACCCCACUGGAGAAGGAAAAUGCUCUGGUGACUCUGCUUGAUCCCAUGACUGUCCCAGAUGAAGAGGUAACGGCUGUAACUGGUGGGAUUAUAGAGAGCAGUGAUCAACCCCCAGCCACCGAGGACAUUACUGAUGAGUCAGAGUCAGUUUAUGACAGUGAGGCCGAGCCAUCAAACGAAGAAGAGGAGGAAGAACUGCUGAUCAUUACACAUGAGAUUGAAACCAUUCAUCACGACGAAACCGGUGAACUUGUGCGCGACUACAUACCGACCCCUCCUGUGAUUCUUGAGCUGGAGACAGAUGCUCCAUAUAUCAGUCUGUCUCCCAACUUGAUACCAGAAGAUGACCUGACACUUAUUGAUGAGGGCAGAGAAAAUCCUAGCUUGGAUGUUGUGCAGGUUACCCCUACCACUCAAAUUUUAUUCACUCCUGCUGGAGACGAACUGUCUGAUUCUGGACUCCCCAUCACAACACUAUCAGCCAUCACAGGCCAGCCACACACAGAGCCAGCAGCCAACCCUCAAGAAGACGAAGAAGUUAAUGCCCUUCCAGAUGAAGAGGAUGUAGACUUGGGUGUCCCUGAAUCCCAUGAUCCUGAUGAUGUUUUGAAAACUGAGAGUGUUUCAGAAUUCGAAACUGAAGUUAAACUGCUUGAGGCAGAAGAAGAAUCAGUUACUGAAACUGAUGAUAACUUGCUUGAGGUUUUGCAUCCAACACCUGACCAAAUUGAAGUUUUUGAACCAGAGGUAGAAGCAAUUCAAAUUUCAGAGCAAGAUGAAGAUGGAGCUGAAGUUUCAGAAUCAGACAAAGAAGUAGCUCCAGUUUCAGAGCCAGAAACAGAAGUCACUGAUGUUUCAGAGCCAGAUGUAGGUGAAAUUUCAGAUUCAGACAAAGAAGCAGCUGCAGUUUCAGAACCAGAAACACAAGUAACUGAUGUUUCAGAGCCAGAUGUAGGUGAAAUUUCAGAUUCAGACAAAGAGGCAGCUGCAGUUUCAGAACUAGAAACAGAAGUAGCUGAAGUUUCAGAAGUGGACGUAGCUGAAGUUUCUGAGCUGGAUAAAGAAGUAGCAGAAGUUUCCGAGUCGAAAAAAGAAGUAGUUGAAGUUCCAGAACCGGACAAAGAAGUGGUCAAAGUUUCAGAACCGGACAUAGAAGUAGCUGAAGUUUCUGAACCAGACACAGAAGCAGCUGAAGUUUCAAAGCCGGACAAAGAAGUAGCUGAAGUUGUAGAGCCAGAGGAAGAUUCAGCUGUAGAAACUCAUGAAGAGAUUGCAGUUUCAGAGCCAGCAGAAAUCAUAGUUAAUGUUCCAGGAAUAGAGGAGAAGGAGCUUGAAAUUUCUGAACCACUUGAAGUUUCAGAGCCAGAAGAAUCAGAAGCAGAUGCAGAACCAGAUGAUAGUGCAGUUGAGGUUUUGACAGAAGGAGGAGUGGAAGAAAGAGCCAACAUUUUGCAAUCAGAAGAGGACAUAGGUGAAUUUACAGAGGAGGUAGAAAAGGCUCAAGAAACAGAAGAAGGUGAAGUUGAGGUGACACUUCCAGCUCCAGAGCCUGAGAAAGAUGCGGUGGAGGUUUCAGAACGGGCUCCAGAACUGGAGGAAGAGUCAGAACCUGCUUUAGAUGUCGAUGAGGAAGUUCUAGAGCCAGAGAAAGAGGUGGUUAAAGCUGCGGCAUCAGAGGAACCAGUACUGGAAGUUUCUGAGACAGAGGCCACUGAGGAAGAUGUGGUGAAAUCAGUGGUAGAAGAAGAGGCGGUUAAGAUUCCAGCACCAGAGGAUGAACUUGCUGAAAAAGAGACAGAAGUGGUGGAGGUUUUGAAAAUAGUAGAAGAAGUUGUUCAAGCUCCAGGACCAAGUGAUGGUAUAGUAGACUUAUUGGAACCAGAACCAGAGUCUGUACCAGAAGAGGAAAGCCAUGUAAUUGAAGUGAUAGAAACAGGAGCUGAGGAAGUUGGUACUCAUGAAUCAGAAGAAGUGCAAGAAGGAGUUUCAGAACCAAGUGAAAACAUGGUAGAGGUUGUAAAGCUAGCUUCAGAACCAGAAUCAGAGAAAGAACCAGAAGUAGUGUCAGAUAUAACUGAAAUAACAAAACUGGAGAUAGAGGUUGCUGAUGAUGUGAAACCAGAAGAAGAAGUUGUGGUCCCAGUAUUAGAUGAGGAACCAGCGGACGUUUCAGAACCGCACCUUCCUCCUGAAGCUGAGGAGGACGUAGUGGAGAGUCCAGAACCAGAAGAUGCAUCAGAAGAAGACAAAAGCACAGUUGAUAUUUUACCUCCAGUAGAACAGGUACCUGAGGUUUCAGAACCAUCAAAAGAGGAGGUAGCAGUUCCGCAAUCAGAAGGCGAAGGUGUUGAUGUCCCAGAAUCACAUCCAGAGGAGGUGAUAAUUGAGAUUUUAGAGCCUGAGAAAGACAUUACUGAGCCACCAGCUGAAUCAAUAAAAAUCCUUCACCCCUUGGAUGACAUGGAAGACCUUCACUUUGGAGAGGAUGCUAUUCAUGUUGUUGAAGAUAACGAGUUCCUUCAUCCUGUAGGAUCUGACUAUCAUCACCCAUCAGAAGACAGUAAUUUACCAAUCAUACCAAUAGACACCGAGCCUUCCAGAGAAGAUGCAGGUGAACCUGAUCAGGAAUAUCCCAUCAUCGAUGAUUUUCACAUGGAGGAGGAUGUUGACAGCGUAGACGCUCAGGUGGAGAGUGACACCGCUGACGUCAUGAUGACAGACGUGACAGCUCCAGACAAGCAAGACAAAUCAGAGGGCACAAAAGUCACAGAAGAUUUGCUGGAGGAGACGCAGGAAAGUGAUUCAUCCCCAAAAAGAGACAUCAGUGUGACGGCUGCACCAGUCCCAGACUCCUUCCCCACACCUCCAGCAGCUCCUGUCGAUCUGUCUGAAGUGUCCUCACCUAACCCGACUGUAGACUCUGGACUCUUUGAGGUAGCAGAGCAAUCUGUAAUCCCCUCUUCUGCUGAGUCUUCAGAGGAUGAUAGCACUGAGCCGGAGGCUGAGUUGGAGCACAGUGAGCCAGCUGUCGUCAUUAUUGAUGAAGACUUGGAAGGGGCAGUGAAGAAAGGAGGCGAAAGCCACACCAGUCCGCCAGCUGCCACUGAGGAAGUCAUUGAUGAGGCCGUACAGGACCUGGCUGUGGAGCUGGAUCAAACAGACAUGCCAGCCACAGAGGCAAACGAGCUUCCUGAUGAGGGGAGUGGUUUCCUAUCUGUGGAGGCAGAACACAGCACUGUCAGUGUCACAGCCCCGCCUCCAGUGAGAUAUCUGACCACGCCUGCCAUGACCACGGCCAGCCACGGCCGGGAGCUGGUGGUGUUCUUCAGCCUGCGUGUCACCAACCUGGACUUUUCUGAGGACCUUUUCAACAAGACGUCACCUGAGUACAGAUCGCUGGAGAACACCUUCUUAGAUGUGCUGCUGCCGUUCCUGCAGGCAAACCUAACAGGCUUCAAGAAACUGGAGAUCCUUAACUUCAGGAAGGGCAGUGUGGUCGUCAACAGCAAGAUGAAAUUUGCCAAGUCGGUGCCGUACAACAUCACUGAGGCCGUCCACUGUGUCCUGGAGGAGUUCUGCUCUGCUGCCUCCAAGAACCUACACAUCCAGAUAGACACUCACUCUCUGGAUGUUGAACCAGCCGAUCAGGCGGAUCCCUGCAAGUUUCUGGCUUGCGAUGAGUUUUCUCGCUGUGUGGUGAACGGCCGGACGAAGGAGGCUCAGUGUCUGUGCGAGCCGGGCUUCCUGUCAGUGGACGGCCUGCCCUGCCAGAGUCUGUGUGUCCUACAGCCAGACUACUGCCAAGGAGGGGAAUGUCACAUAGUUCCCGGACAUGGAGCUGUGUGCAGACACAGAAACGGCUAUAGCCUCCCAGGCCUGGCCAGUUAAGAAAAUAUAUUGGAUCGGACAGCACCUGAGAAUACUACAAAAGACUCCAUGAGACAAGACUCAGCAGCAGGAACUCGGGACUCCUCUAUUCAUUGGCUUAAAAAUCAGAGUUGAUGUGGAGCUGAGGAGGUUUCAGGACAAAUUUUUGGCUUCCAAACUCCUCAGAGCUUCAUAUCAGAGGAUCAUCUCCCUUCUGGGGAAACAGACGUUUAGGCCACUUUAAAACUGUUGGACAGCCACCGUCUGCUUCUGACAACGAAGAGGAGCUCAGUGGACGACUCCGCCAUAUUGAUCGGGUUGAUAUUGAUUGACUCUGGACCGUUUUUGUCCAUCUCUGCUGACUCUGUGUGUGUGUCUGUAGUGAACAGGUUGGUCAAGUCUGGUGUCAAAUGGUAAGAAAUAAUUUGAUCACUCUCCCAAAUAUUGAAUCAAAAAGAGACCCCACAUUAGGGAUUUGGUUUAGUUGCUCACAGUUCGCUCAAAUUAUUUAAACAUUUCUGAAUGAGCUUUUCUAGAUAAAUAAUAGAGAUGCUCUCUAACUCGUACACCUAAACCUUACAUAUACUGAAGCUGCAGUAGUGAUCAAUCUGGAAAUGAGGCAGAAGGAUUCUAAUCAUUUUGGUUUGUGACUCCUGAAAACCAAAUGAUAUCUGCUCAUGACCCCUCAGUACAGGCUACUCCCUUCACGUGGACAGGAUUUCGAGCACUUUAAUCAACUUUAAAAGUUUAUUUUCCUCCCAUGGUUUGAUUUGAAGGACAUUUGGGGGUUAAAUCAUCCAGUAUAUAUUCUUACUCACGUCCCAUAUUAGACAUAUUAUCCCCUUAAUCAUUCUUUGGUUUAGGUUUUAUCGUCUUGUUCCAAUCCCCAGGUUUGGAGCCGGUAAUGUAAGAGCUCAGAAUGAGGAGCAUUACUACCCUGCAAAAAAACCCAACUUUAACGCUGUGUGCUAGCAUGCUAACAUAUCGCAUCUGAGACUGUACGGAGUAAGUUUUGCAGUUUUGAAAUUUAGAUCAAAUAUGGGACAAGUCUGAGGAUCACCAAAGUUAUUACUUUUUGUCCUACAUGAAACAGGAAUGUCUUAACCAACGUUUGUGACAGUCCUGUAGUUGUUGAGAUAUUUCCCUCAAAACCAAAUAUAUCAAUCUCAUGUAGGUGCUGGGGGAAACGCCAGGAGAUGAUUAAGCUCUCUGGGAUCCAUCCUCAGGGGACCAUGAAUGUCUGCAGAGAAUUUAAUGGAAAAUUAUCCAAUAGUUGCUGAUAUAAGUGGCGAGUGGUAAUGGCAUCUGUAGCUGCGCUGCUGGUAUGGCUGAAGCCCAUAGUCUUUGUCCUGGAAGUCAGAAAAUGUACAACAAACUUACUAUAUUUAGUUAAACUGCAGCCACAAAUCAAUAACAUUUACAGUAAGAUUCAAUAGUUUAGUGUGUUCUGGAACUUGAUGUCUGCAUACUUUUUUUUUUUUUUUUUUUUUUUACUUUGCUGUUAAUAGGAUUGUACUGUAUGUGUAUGAAUACUGAGCAAAACCUAUCCUCUGAUGAAGAACACUGCAUGAUUUGAAGAUGUGGGAGCAAAUGAGUAAGUGCACCUUGGGUAUGAAACAUAGUUCUUUUUAUUUUGAAUCGUCUAAGGACCACUGAAAUUUCUGGAAUCCAAUUGGUUGGACUGCGUGGAUUAACUUUUAGAGAGUUCAACAGGACACCUAUGUUGUUCUAUGUUCAUGUGCCAGUAAUGAACUGGUUUCUCUUUCCUGCUUUUAGAACUUGUGUGGAUUAUUAAACCCCUUCCUGUUGACCUCGACCUAUAUUACGGUUUUGAAAACAGGAAAGCCAGACCAGACAUAGUUGUGUGUAAACUAACAACUGAUAUUUUUAGUAGGAUUACAGAUGGCAUAAUGUUUGUAUGUUGAUUCUGCAGAGGAAACCACCUGACUUGACCCCCUACCAUUCAUUACACCUCCUCCUGUACCAAAAUAUGUAGCUCAGGUUUAAUUUUGCUCACAUGUAUCUUCACUUGGAUCAGCUGUCUGUGGGUUCAUAGAUUCAAAAUGUCGUCAUUGUAUUCUCUUGUACACUCCAUGUAAAUAAUCUGUCGCUGUUCUUGUACUUUGAGUCAACACAUCUACUGAUGUUUAUUGCUGCUUUUGGGACAAACCCAAUGACUGUAAUGUGGACUUUUCUUAUGUAAAGUGUUAAAGGAAUAUUUUAUGUGUUGAGUUUGGCAAACAAUAGCUGAAAAUACAAACUGUUAUUUAACAAAAAAGUAGAUUUUCUUCAUUAAAAAAAAAAAAAAAAAAAUCA